GCACCGCUCCGUCGGGUGCCUGCGGCUGCCGGAGCGCGCAGCGGUGUCAGGAUCCUCCCGUCGGGGCAGCACGGUGAUGGGCGGCGCGGCGCUGUCGGGAGCGCUGUGGCUUGGGCUGCUGUGGGCAGGCAGCGGGGUAGGGGGCAGCUGCUCGGGAAGGUGCUGCGAGGGUCGGGACGCCGCCUGUGUCGGCGAGGGAUGGAGGGAGGGAGGGGGGUACGGGACCUGCUACUGCGACGGAGGAUGCCGGCGAGCCGGAGACUGCUGCCAAGACCACGGCCAGGCGUGCCCGGCUCUUCCCUGUGCUGUGGGGGAGUGGAGUCACUGGAGUGGCUGUGCAGCACAAUGUCAACCUGACCUGCGGAUACGUAGGCGCUAUGUACAACAGGAACCUAGAAAUGGUGGGGAACCUUGUCCUGCUCUAGAGGAGAAGGCUGGCUGCCUGGAAUACCUGACUUACCAGGGAGAGGACUGCGGCCAUGAGCAUGUCCCUGCUUUCAUAACUACCUCUGAAUAUGGUAAAGAAAGAAAACGACGAGCAGCAUCUUCUCUCUGGCCAUCAGACAAAGAAGAAGCUGGAUACUGUGUGGAAUUCAAAACAGAAUCACUUUCACAGCACUGUGUUUUGGAGAAUCUGCCAUACGCUCGAUGGAUGCAGUACCUCCGAGUAGGAUAUACUGUGUGUGUAGCUUGCCAGUCUCCAGCUAUGAAUGCUGACACACUUCGUUGUUCUGGAGAUGGCCAUAAUGCAGAUGGAGGUAAAAUCUUACACUGGGAAGCAGUUGGCAACUCUCAGUGCCAAGGAACCUGGAGGAAGAUUCGGCAGCUGGAGCACUGCUCAUGUCCCCUUGUGCAUAGCUUUAUUUUUACAUGAAAGUCUAAAAGACCUUUAAAACAGCAACAACAAAAAGAUUAAGAAAAUUAACCAAUGCCAAGAAACCCACAUCUUUCUGCUGCACUGUCUGGAGCCUAGACAAAUUUUAAAUGAAUCGGAACUUUUGAAGAAGCAUUUUGGGAAACACUCUCUGCCUUAACACAAAACACUAAGACUGAUCUUUGUAUUAGAACACUAGAAGCAUGUUUCCAUGUUUCUCUUUUGUAAUUAAAGAGGUAAUGUUUUUAAA